UUGCAAGUUGUUAACAUCCUGUUCUAAACUUGUUACAACAACUGGGAGCAAGCAGUGCGAACACAACUUGUUGAAAGCUUGCAUGUGAACAGAUAAUUUGUAGCAACUUGUGGCUGGCUUGUUUUGCAUAUGAACACAAAUUAAAUUUUAUAUACUGUACGUUAACAAAGGGCAUGUAUAUCUCAUGUAGGUGAGUUUUGUGGUUAGCUGUGCUCAUGUGAACAGGCCCUAAGUACUUUGACAUUCACUGUUUAUUGUUUAGACUGUAUACAGAGCGAGCAUAUCGUGAUGAAAUGUUACCAUCAGCUGUACCAGAAGUCCAACGUACAAAUUUGACGAGCACAAUCCUGUCAUUAAAGGCCAUGGGAAUUAACGACUUACUGGCUUUUGAUUUUAUGGAUCCUCCCCCAAUGGAGGUAACCUGUACUUUCUUUAGGCUCUAAAUUGUCUUAACAAGCAAAUCUUUGGUUGAUAAAUUAAAUAUUGUAUGCCAGCUUUGGUUGAGUGCAUUUCUUGAUUUUGAAAUUUGGAAGACUGUAGAAGAUCUUGUAAGAAGAGUACUACAGUCUUCUUAUCAGCUUUGAAGUGGGCAAUAGGUUAUUUAAUGAGAACAUGGGGUGGUUGGCUUCUGCAACAGUUGGUAACCACCAGCAUGGUAAAUUCAUUUUGAACGAAAAUAAAAUUGAACGAAAAUAACUUCAUUUUACUGAUUACAUGCAUUGUUCACCCAUAAAAGAUCUAGUAAGGGCUAUCUCUGAUUCUCCAAAAUUGGUAUAGAAUAGCAUGAAACCGGAGUAUACCCAUGCAAAACAUGUAGUGUUUGGUAGUUCAAAUUGGAAGAACUCUUGUUACAUGCUACCUAUGCCCAAAUUGUAGUCAGAAAACGGUAUGGGAGUGAGAAGCAGGUGGACUAACUACUGUGUAAUUACACCCACAAAAAAGAUCAUUUCUAUUUUUUAUUUUCCUCAUAGACAAUGAUAACAGCGAUGGAGCAGCUUCACUCAUUAGGAUCAUUAGAUGACGAGGGUCUUUUGACAAGACUCGGUCGUAGAAUGGCAGAGUUCCCUCUUGAACCACCAUUAUCAAAAAUGCUCAUUCAGUCUGUCCACCUCGGUUGUAGUGAUGAAAUUCUCACAAUUGUUUCCAUGUUAUCUGUUCAAAAUGUCUUUUACAGACCCAAGGUAAGUGUGUAUUUGUUGACUGAUUAUCCUUCUAUUAAGUAUCAAGAAAUUUCGAUGAAUUCUUGAUAACCCUAAAUUCCGACUUUCCGAACGAAAGCUUUUUGUAAGUACCACUGGAACUUUAAAACCACAAAAUCUAAAAUAUGUUUCACUUGUUAUUUCUGCAUUAAGCAAUUAUCGAGCGUGCGAUUACAUAAAACCUUUCUCGUGAUGCUAAUGCUGCUCUCCGCUGUAUAUUUUCCACUAGCCGGUAUACAUACUAAAUAGACAUGGUAUAUUUUAGGGGAAAAUUAGAAAGUAUUGUCCAAGUACCACUAUUCUGCCAAGCAAUGGAGAGGUUCAGAUUUGACUUCCACUAGACCACUAAAGCUGCCUCUCACUUGCUCUAUGUGCAUCUGAUUGGUUAAUCGGGUAAAUUAAACGCAUCUGAUUGGUUAAUGGCCCUUUAAUGGCAGCAGUAAUGGAAGUCAAAUCUGAACAUCCCUAAUAUACCCGGCACAUCCCUGUAGAAUACUCGAAACAGUUUCAUAUAUGAGCGUAAACAAUGGUUUUAUCUGCGACUGUUCAUCAUUCAAAGGCUUUGCGUAACACGUCACUCGUGUUCUUCACUAUGUGUACAUGUCAAUGCUAACGUGCACAAUUUACAAAUGCAAAGGUAAAGAUAUUGUUCUUGUAUUUACCAGGAAAAACAAGCUCUUGCAGAUCAAAAAAAGGCGAAGUUCCAUCAAGGUGAAGGAGACCAUAUCACCCUGCUAGCUGUGUACAAUUCUUGGAAAAAUAACAAAUUCUCCAAUCCAUGGUGUUUUGAAAAUUUCAUACAAGCUAGGUCUUUGAGAAGAGCGCAAGAUAUCAGAAAGCAGAUGCUUGGCAUUAUGGACAGGUUUGCUAAUUUAUAUUUGACAUAAUCAAUAUACUUGAAAAAUAUUUCAAUUCUGCAUGGCUUAGAUCUGUACAUUGUUACUGACAUACAGUGCCAAAAAUGUAACUUGGAAAAAAGCUGCGGGUAUGCGGGUACCACCCGCGAGGAAGGUUCACCAUAUGUAAGAUCAGUGAGGAAGGUUUAAUGUGGAACACUGUACUCAACACUAACACCAUAAAACAAAUGAAUAAUACUUGACUAGGCAGGUUGAGGUUGGCAGGAUGCUGAUGUUGUGCUGGUGGUUAUGUAGUACAACAUUUCCCAAUGCUGGCGACUGGCAAUAUAGCAGCUUUUUAAGGACCGGCAUAUAUGCAGAACGACAUAACUUAUAAUUGCAAUUCGAGAAAAAGCCAUAAUUCACAUUAUUUUGAGGAUGGUUUGAAAAGUUUAUCCCGAGGAAAAUUGAACAUAUUUUGCAACUCUGGGGUUAGCCGUAUGUACUAUUAAGUAAAUAAAUUGGGAUCAUGGUACAUGGACAAUUAUGUUAAAAAAUCUUCACGGCUUUGGCAUGGAGGAUUAGAUGUUAUACAGAAACAUACUGCAACUUGAUCACCUACUAAGUGUCAAAAUAUUGUAGAGGUUUUAUAUUUUCGUGAAGCAGACGAUAUUUUGUGUCUUGAGAUACACAUUUUAACUUUAUCAAGUUUAAACGUGGAUCAUGUUUUGCAUAAAACUAGAAUAGCAUUCAUAUUGAGUUAUGUUGUGAGUCUCUCAACUCUCCAAACCUUUUACCACAUUAAAUACAUGUACCUGUGCGAUUCAUUUCACAGGCACAAACUGGAUAUCGUUUCUUGUGGUAAAAACGUCGCCCGCGUUCAGAAAGCAAUAUGCAGUGGGUUUUUCCGUAAUGCAGCUCGAAAGGAUCCACAGGAAGGUUACAGGACAUUGGUGGAUAAUCAAGUUGUAUAUAUUCAUCCCUCAAGUGCGCUGUUCAACCGCCAGCCUGACUGGGUAAUAUAUCAUGAACUAGUACUCACAACGAAGGAGUACAUGAGAGAAUGUACUGCUAUUGAUCCCAAAUGGCUCGUUGAGUUUGCGCCGUCAUUUUUCAAGCUAGGAGAUCCGACCAGAUUGAGCAAACGUAAGAAACAGGAACGGCUGGAACCCCUGUACAACAGGUAUGUUAUUGUUUAUUUUAAUUCCUUAACUUUUCGUGAAACGCAAAAUCGAGUCAAAAUCGUUCAUCUAUUAACGAUAAAUUUUGCAAGGAAAUGUGUUUUAAUUAUUUUUCUAAAUAACCUGAAGACGGACGGUAAAACUGUCCGAAACGUUGUUAAAAAUAAAGUAAACCUCUUGAAAAAUCCUGUUUGAAAGUGAAUUGAAUUAUAUAAUUAGAAAUGUGUUUUGUUUAAAGCUAUGUGUGACGCCCCUCAAAUGCCAAUGUCAUGCCCAUGGAUGUUUGUUAUUUUGUUUUCGUUUAAAGAAGAAUUACAAAUAAACGUUCUCACAUAAAACGUGAAAACCUCACAGUAAUACACCCUUUCGAUAAUUACGGCAUUUGGCCUGGGAGCCACGCUCUCCAAUCACCUUGGGUAGUGUAAUCCUUGGUAAGCGAGCCAAUCACCUUGGAUAGCGUAAUUUACUAAUGAGAGCGAGUCUCCAAGACCAAAAUGUAUGUGUGACGUAAUUAUCGGAAGGGUGUAUUAUGCAUUCUUCAGUUCUUCCUGUUACCACCCACCCCGGCCAACCCCCGGUGAUUUACGCAUUUCUUAUUUCUAAAUUAUCAAUUUCCCACCUCCGGGCAAAUAAAGAAAGCCAAUUCCCCUCCCCGGAGACAACAUUCACAAACCAUUACUGCACAUAAACACGUUAUCAAAAUUUCACAAAUGUUGACUUUGAAAGGCGUUCAGUAUUCACUGUAAGAAAUCGAACGUGUUCAUUACGGCUAUCAAAGACAGUGUUACACGAGGCAAUUUUUGUUGCACCUUGCAACUCGAUCUCUAAUCUACCAGCGUGUUUAAAUGCGUAAGAAAUAUAUCAGUACAGUACAAGCGAGUCCAUGUUUUGAAUUUUCUGACGAAAUCUUUAAUAAUCUGGAAACAGGCUCGCGCAAGGCCCAAAGCCCCUCGCGUGUGAACAUUUAUUCCUACUCCAACGGGCCAUCCCGGAAACCAGAUGGUCAACAAUAUUUCCCAACCCCGAGUAGUAUCGAUGUGCAUUUCCCCGGGGGUUGCCCUGGGAUGGAUGAGAACAGGAAUAAUUGAACCAUGCAUUGUAUAUAUGCAAUAUGGAAGCUUUUUUUCGGUUGAAAAUAUAACUUUGGCUUUGCUAUUUCUUUUCAAGGUACGAAGAACCAAACGCUUGGCGUAUUUCAAGGGCUUUUCGACGACGGUGAAACCACAAUAUACUUAUUGUAUAUACUGGGUUAUUAAUACACCAUACUUGCUAAGAUUCCUCGUCCAAAGCAAAACUUUUUGGAAAACGCAGGGAUUGGCAUAAAACACUUGCUGUAAAGAUAUCGCCGUUGGUUGUAUAUAGCUUCACUGGUAAGCCGAAGAUGGCUAAAAAACUGAUGAGCAGUAUGACUGUGUCGGCUGGUGGUUUCAAUGGACUGUAUUCGAGGACUGCUGACUUCAGUCAAAUUAAUCGUAAUCAAUCGUAAUUAAAAAGUGAAGCCAAACAUGGCGGAUUUUCAAGGCGUUCAAAACAAUGUCAGUCCCACAACGCACGCUGAUGUUCAGUAGGAACAAAUCCCCCAAUAAAACUGAGCAGUAAACGUCUUGAAUGAUUUGUAUAAUAUAUAGAGAGGUUCAGUUUUGAAUUCCUCUACCGUUACCUCUACCAUUAAGAGACCAUUAACCAAUCAGAUGUUUUAUCCACCCGAUUAACCAAUUAGAUACACACAAAGCAAGUGAGCGGUAGCGAUAGUGGAAGUUAAAUCUCAACCUCUCUAAGUUUUACCCAACUGCAGGUAUAGGGAUGUUACGGAGCAUCAGGUUUUUGACUGGGGGUGAGGUGAAGGGAGUCAAAGGAUUUUUUUUUUAUUAGAUUUUGAACGUUAAAAGUUGUAAAUUAUAACAGACUCUUACUUUGCAUAUAAGUGGUACAUGCAAUAAUCGUUCGGCUGCGUGGGAGAAAGACCAUACAAAGACCAUACAUGUUUCCCCCAGAAAUUUUUGAAUUGUAGAGAUUUUUAAUUACUCAAUUUAUUGACGGGCUGUCCCCCAAUGUUUUAUAUUUUUGAUGCUCAAUGGCUGCAUUUCUGGCAUUGUCUGGAGCAUCCACAAAUGAGAAGAAUGUUUUAAGGUUAUAAACUAGUUUAUAUGUAAUGUUUACAACAUGAGCGGCCGUGUUGUAUCGGAUAUACAAACACGACGCGAAUGUUGUAAACAACUUAAAAAACGACUCAUCUUAUAAGUUCACUGGCGAAGUAAUUUUAAAAAUAAACGUUGUCUAAGCCGAGAAAAUCAAAGUUAAAGUUUAUGUAAAUCAAAAUGAAUCUGUAUCAUAUAUACAGAUACGACACGCUUAUGAUUUUUCUUUGUGUUUUCUUCAUGAAUUAUUGAGUUUUUUAAUUCCGUUAAUUUGGUAACUGCGCAUUUGUGUUUUUAAUUAAUAGAACUGUACAAAUGAGUUUGGAACUGCACAUUUUGUGUAGAACUGCAUGUUCAAAUCAUGAAAACCUUGUAGCGACUCAUUUCAGUAAAUCUGCAUUGCAUUUGAGCACAGUUUAUCAAGAUAUGAUAUUAUGUUGGUGUGGAAACUAAACAGAAGUCAUCGUGUUAUAUUUUUGUCUGAGUUUUAUGUCGUUAAUUUGUGCAUGGUAACGGGAAUGAUUGAGCGGCAUUGUAUUUCCCUAUGAUGAAGUAAUCGUCCAAGAGAUAGCCGAGAUGAAACGUGCAACCAUGAUGAAUAAUAUUUAAUAAAGUUGAGAC